AUGGACCAGCCGGCGGUGAUGUCAUUGAACGGCUUCCAGCAAGGAGAAGAGGGCGGGCCGGCGGCGUGCGACGGCCAGUAUCACAGCGAUGACCUCUUCCUGGUGGCGCUGACCACGGCGUGGUAUGAGAACGGCGCCCGGUGCGGGAAGCUGAUCAGCGUCAAUAGCUCCAACGGGCGAUCCCAUGAGGCUAGGGUCGUGGACGAGUGCGGCACCGGUGACGGCUGCCGCACUAACGAGAUCAGCACGUCCGUCGCUGUGUGGGAGGCACUUGGGCUCGAUACCAGCGUCGGCGAGGUAUCCGUCACCUGGUCGGACGUAAUCUGGUAA